AUGUCCGCAGAAGCUACCCAAGAACCACCGCCCGUCAAGCAGCCGACGCCUGCUCUCCAAGUGCUCUACUGCGGCGUGUGCACCUUCCCCCCAGAAUACUGCGAAUUCGGGUCGAGCCUCACCAGGUGCAAGGAGUGGCUCAACGAGAGUCACCCAGAUCUGUACCCAAAGUACUACUCGGAUGAGGCUCUUCAAGCUAAGGUCGGGACGCUGAGCCUCGAGGCUCAGACCAAGCUCGAGAAGGAAACCGCAAAGAAAGAGGCCAAGGCGGAGGCCAAGGCCGACGCGGAGAAGAAGAAGAAACUGGCAUCUCAAGUGGUGAUUAAACGCAUCGAACGGAACAAGCGCAAGUUCGUCACGUCGAUCAACGGGCUGGAGGCAUUCGGCAUUGAUCUCAAGAAAGCGGCCAAGCUCUUCGCGCAGCGCUUCGCGACUGGCGCAUCGGUCACGAAGAAUGCAGCCGGAACGGAUGAAAUCGUGGUGCAGGGCGAUGUCUCUCAAGAGAUAUUCGAUAUGAUCGAUGAAGCCAACGAGGAGAGCAGUGGCGGAGGGAAGGGCGGGAAGAAGGGUCUGGAUGUUUUGAAGGGUGUAGUGAUAGAGAAUGUGGAUAUUGUUGAGGAGAAGAAGAAAAAGAGUAACGAGUAG